UUUCAGUCACGAAAUUUAAUUUCCUUAGAUAUAGUCUAUAUUAUAUUGAGUAUAUUAUACUGUAUACUAUAAUAGUCUACACUAUAUUGUAUAUUAUGAUAUAACCAGAUUUCUGUAUUAUAUUAGAGAUCUGUAAUCGAGUAGUCUGUAAAUCUCAAACUCUCAUAACUUUUAAACAAUGUUUAGACGAGCCUGUGGUUCUAUUUUAUCCGGUGUUCGCCUUAUGCGCCUACAAGUAGAGAAUGUUUCAAGUAAAACUACAGGUUCUUUAAAUAAGUGCCUUAACAAUUUUGAAACAAAUAGGUACUAUUCGUCCAUUUUAUCCUCCAAUUUUAAAUCAACAGAAGGAAUUAUGAACAAAAAUAUACCUAUUGCUCAAUCUAGUAUAAUGUUUGAUUUCAACCUUCAGCAAAAGAGAAAUCUAACAAAGUUCUCUUUACAAAAAGGGAAAAGGAAAACUGUGAAAACAGUUGUAGAUAGAUUUUAUCGCCUAGGAUGGGGUAUAUGGAUUCGAACUAAAUGUGGACGACAAAAGAAGUUGUGGAAAAAACCAGCUGCUAGGAAACGAAGAUUGAGACAACACGUGUUUUGUAAUGCCAAACAGUCAACGCUUUUAGAUAAAAUGACAACAAAAUAUUGGAAGAAAAGGAGGUUUUAUCCAGAUGAUCCAUAUGAACCUUACCAUGAUAGAGAAGAAUAUCCAUUUACCAGAAAAACUCCAAUAUCUUAGUGUAAAACCGUUGUAAUAUCUUUAAAGUGUUUAUAAUAAAUAUAAAAUUAACAUA